UCAAAGAAUGAUAUAUAGCCCAUUUCUGCUAUAUAGCAAUACUGGCCAUGUGAUGUGCACUAUCUUAAAGCAAUUUAUUCAGCAAAGACAAGGUAAAGGUAGUGCCUCAGUAUGAAAAAAAAAAUUCAGCGUUUGAUGACUUGAAGUUGAAACGAAAGUUCCUCUCACACCUUUAACUUAAUCACGUCCGCGUGGAAGGUGGUAGGAAACUGCUUCGUCAAGCCCUCAUAAAUCUAACCAGAGCGCCACUGUCAUAUUCAAAUCUUUUAAUUAUCUGCCUCCUAUCUAUGACCACUCAACCAGUCUCUUCUUCUUCUUCUUCUUCUUCUCCAUAUGAUGUGUUUUUGAGUUUUAGAGGUGAGGAUACACGCACCAAUUUUACAGAUCAUUUGUACAAGGCCUUGUCUGAUAAGGGCAUCUACACCUUCAUUGAUCGAGAGCUUACAAGAGGAGAGGAAAUAUCGCCAGCCCUUGUCAGAGCAAUUGAAGAAUCAAGAAUUUCUCUCAUUGUAUUCUCUGAAAACUAUGCAUCCUCAAGCUGGUGCUUGGACGAACUUGUUGAGAUCCUUCGAUGCAAAAACUCUAAGAAACAAAUAGUUUGGCCCAUUUUUUACAAGGUGGAUCCGUCAGAUGUACGAAAGCAAACAAAUAGUUUUGGAGAUGCAUUUAAAGGCCUUAUUCAAAGCAAAUUCAAAGAUAACGAGGAGAAGGUGGUCAUAUGGAGGAAAGCUCUUAGAAAAGCAGCAAAUUUGUCCGGACAUACUUUCAAGGAUGGAGAGUCUGAAGCUACAUUUAUCAACGACGUUGUUGAUGGAAUCUUACGCCAAGUACUGAGACGCACAUAUUGGAAUGUGGCCGAGCACCCAGUUGGAAUUCAAUCUCAUGUACUAGAUGUGAAAAAACUUUUAGAUGUUGGUGGGAAUGGUCGUCGCAUAGUUGGGAUAUGGGGGACAUCUGGAAUAGGCAAGACAACAAUUGCAAAAGCUAUAUGGAAUGCAAUUGCCCAUGAGUUUCAAGGAAGUUGUUUCUUGGAAAAUGUUAGAGAAGGAAGCUUAGUCCAGCUACAGAAGACUCUUCUUCAUAAGUAUCUAGGCAAAAAGUUGAAAAUUCAAAGUGUUGAUGAAGGAAUCGGUGUUAUAAAAGAACGGUUGAGGCAUAAAAAGAUUCUAUUAAUUCUUGACGAUGUGGACGAAUUGGAGCAGUUAGAAAAAUUGGCUGGAGAUGAUUGGUUUGGUGAGGGUAGUAGAGUAAUCAUUACUACAAAAAAUAGGAGAUUGCUAGACAAUCGUGAAAUUGAGUUGAUAUACAAGGUGAAGAAGUUAGAUUACAACCAAGCUCUUGAGCUUUUCAGUUGGCAUGCAUUCCGAAUAAGUGAACCUCGAAAAGAUUGUUUGGAACUCGCACAACAUGCAAUAGCUUUUGCUGAUGGCCUUCCACUAGCUCUAAGAAUUUUAGGUUCUCAUCUUCGUGGUAUAGAUAUACCACGUUGGCAAGUUAUAUUAGAUGAUUACGAAGGAGAACCUUACACGCAUAUUGAAAGAAUACUUCAAAAAAGUUAUGAUGCCUUGGAUCAUUGUGCAAAAGAAUAUUUUCUUGACAUUGCAUGUUUCUUCAAGGGUGAAAAGAAGGACUAUGUGCUACAAGUAGUACCCAAAAAAUUCAUCGAAGAAUUCCUUGAUAAGGCAUUGAUAACUAUUGAAUGGAGUAAGAUUGUAAUGCACGACUUGCUAGCAAACCUGGGCAAGGAUAUAGUUAGCAAAGAAUCCCCCAAUGAUCCUGGCCAACGUAGUAGAUUGUGGUUUUAUGAGGAUGUCAAACAAGUUCUAACGGAAAGUACAGGAACAAGAAUUAUUAAAGGCAUCGUGGUGAAGCUUCCAGAACCAGCUGAGAUAAUUUUGAAUCCAGAAUGCUUCCGUAAUAUGGUAAAUCUUCAAAUUUUCAUAAACCAUAAUGCAUCUCUAUGUGGGAACAUUAACUAUCUGCCCAACGCGUUAAGAUUUAUUGAUUGGCCUAGUUGUCAGUUACAAUCUUUGCCACCCAAUUUCCAAGGAAAUCGUCUUGUUGGGUUCAAUAUGCUUGGCAGUCAUAUAAGACAAUUGGAGGGAUUUAAGGAUUUGGCAAACCUGACAUAUAUGAAUUUGAGUGGUUGUCAAUUCUUAGAAAAAAUCCCAGACUUAUCCGGAAUCCCAAACAUAAAGUACUUGCAUCUAAAAACCUGUACGAGUUUGGUUGAGGUUGAUGAUUCUAUUGGAUUCCUUGAUAAACUUGUUAAAUUGGAUCUCAAUGGAUGCGUUAAUCUUAGGAGGUUUGGAACAAGACUUAGAUUGAAAUCCUUAGAAGAACUUUUGCUAAUGGGUUGUAAAAGGCUUGAGAGUUUCCCAGAAAUAGAAGUGGAGAUGGAAUCACUACGGGUAUUGAAUAUGGAUGGAAGUGGCAUAAGAGAAUUGCCUCUAUCAAUUGCACAUCUUACUGGGCUUGGAUCUUUGAAUCUUCGUGGAUGCUUCAAUCUUACUGGGCUUGAAUUACGGCUGUUUUCUUGUUGGUCCACAUUACAUGAUCUUUAUCUAUCUGGAAACAAUUUUGUCACGCUUCCGGAAUGCAUUAACAAAUUUGUGAACUUGAGCAAACUUCACUUGCGUGAUUGCGAGAGUCUUCUAGAAAUUCCACAAGAAGUGCUUCCACCAAGAGUAGAUCAGAUAUACCUGGAUAACUGCACAUCAUUGGAAAAAAUUCCAAAACUGCCACUAUCAGCGAAGUAUAAGAUACUGAGUUUGAUCAAUUGCACUAGACUACGUGGCUAUGACAUCACAGAAAAUAGUAUCCUGGAUGAGGCGAUGAAGUACCAAAGUGGUUCAGCUGUUGUAAAGCUGUUGAAUAUUCCUCUAAAUUUGGACGUGCUCGAUGUGAAGUUUGUUUUGAAAUUCCUCCAAAUUUAG